GUUCUCAUACUGACAUUUUGAAAACAUUUGUCGUAUUACUUUUUAGUUAUUUUAGGAAUUUUCGAGUAAUGGAAUCAAGAUGGUAUUUAUUUCCAGGGCAAACUUUGUCCAACACCAAAAUAUCAGAUAGAGCCCACGCUUUACACAUUACUUCGAAAGAAUGGGGAAAAAUCAACAAGCAUUUAGACAGGAAGAAACUUAUUCAAGAAGCAAUAGAAAAGGAGGAGAACAAAAAGAAAUAUUUAGAUGAAGGUUCCAAGUCGAUGAUACGAAAUUGGGAGAAUUCACUGGAGAAUAUUCGAAAAAGAAAAGAAGAUGAACGAUUGCAACAAAUAGAACAGAAGAAAGAAGACAGAAACCAGAAAUUUUUCGCACUAAGAAAAGAGCAAGAGAAAAUUAGGAAAGAUUACGUCGAUAAAAUGAAAAAACAAAUUUUUAUGAAUACAGGAAAUGCGCGUGAACUCACGAGUGCAUUUGUGACUAGUGAAAUAUUAUAUGAAAGGGAAAAGCAAAAGAAUUUCAAAAACUCGAUUAAGGAGCGAAACGAAAAACUGGAAGCGGAAUUUGCCGAAACUGUUAAAAAGAAUGCCGAAGAUGAACUGAGGGAGAAGAAGGAAAAAGAAGAAAAACUGUACAAAAAGAAUAAGGAGCAUGGAGAACAUUUGAAGAAAAUAAACUUGAGGACAAAGUUCUGCUUAAUAGAGACAAUAAAAAGUUAUUGAAAUUGGAGGAAGAAAAAAGAACGCAAAUUAUGAAAGAAGAGAAAGAAUUAGAUGAUGUAGUUGCUAUAUACCAAGAAGCUAAACAUCGUAUAGACUGUAUGAAAAAAGCUAGAGAAAAAGAGUUGCAAGAGGAACGUGUAGCCAGGAGAGAUGCUGUGGCGAAAUUAGUCGUUGCGGAAGAAAAAGCAAGACAUGAAGGUGAUGAAGAAAGAAUGAAAGCAGCAAUUGCCGAAAGGGAUGCCAUUGAAGAAGCAAAAGUCAAGGCAAGAGCAGAUUUCGAUCGAAGAAUGAAAGAAGAAAGAAUUGAGGACAGAAAGCACUUUAUUGAACGGGAAGCUUCUGCACAAGCCAAGGAAGAGGAAAUAAGAAAAUGGGAAAUGUUGAAUAGGUACAAAACAGAUGAAAUCAUCAAAAAUUAUGAAGAAACUAAGAGAAAGGAAUAUUGGGAAAAAAUUCUGAAGUACAGAAAAGAGUUAUUGGAACAAAUGGAUGAAGAAAAGGCGUUAAAAAUCGAAGAAAAAGAAAUUGAUCAGUACGUAACCAAGAUGAAUUAUGUCAACGAAGACGACAAAUUUUUCGAAUACGCCGACGAGAUUUUGCACUUGGCAAAGAAGAAGGGGAGAUCUACGUAUCCGAUAGAGAAGGCUAUUAUGCAAUAUAAAAAGAUUAACCAACUUCAUCCCAACGAGGAAAGGGGUUUAUGUGAUGAGUAUAAACCGGGAAAAGGCAGUGGAUAUAAUUCUAAGGAAAUAAUAAAACAAUCAAUGAAAACAAGAAACUGUAGGUGUCAGCUUCAAAGAAAUUGUCACAAAGAAAAUCAACAAUGAACACAGUAAUGAUAUUUGAAGAAAACGUUGAACAAAACAAAUCGAUAACUAAUAAAUUCAGUCAAAAUAUUUAAUAUUCAUUAGAUGUUAUUUGAUGAA